CAACGAUCAAAUCGGAAGGUUUGGGAAGGUAAAAUAUUACCCCGUUAAAAUGAAUGUCUCACCCUUGUUGAGCCGGCCAACCAAGCUGCUUAAAUCGGGCCUCUUCGCAGAUAUAUGUAUUCGUGUCGAUUGCACUAGCUUUUCUUGCCACAAAAUCGUCUUAGCCUGCGCCUCGGAGUUCUUCGAGAAAUUAUUUCAAAAAGAUGGUUUACAAACGGGAGAAGUAACAUUAGAAGGCACAACGCAAGAAAUUUUUAAAAUAUUUCUGGAUUUUAUUUACACACCCGGAAAUUGCCGAUUCUCCAAACUGGAAUCUGAAGUGUUAAUGUCUCUUCUUAAGUGUGCAAAUAUGUGGCUAGCAAUGGAAGUAGAAAAAAUAUGCCAUAAAAUCCUUUACCGAAAAUGCGAAGAUAUGCAACCAGAUGAGUUAAUAAAACUUUAUGCAGUGUCGUAUCAAAUUAAUAAUAGGCGAUUAAUGGAACGUUCGAUUAAGUUCUUGCAACACGAGUGGCCCAACGAAAUGGACUGUCAAUCAACUGUAGGAAUGGGGAUCGACUGUUUUGAGGAAUAUUUUCAAACCACCAUUGAAAUUUAUCAACCACUUAGGCGUUUUGCCAUGGUAGAGAACUGGAUCAAUGGAAAUGCUUUUGAAAGUGAAUCCGCAUUGAAAUCGGAGCAAAUUACCAACAUCGUUAAAAGCAUUGACUUUGAAGAAAUGUCCUUAGACGAAUUUUAUAAUGGUCCUGGAAAAUCAAGCGUUUUGUCUGAUUUAGACAAGUUUGAAAUUAUGUAUAAAAUUGCACAUCAUCUACGACAUAAUCAAUGGACCUUCGUAUUAUAUGAAGAAGAGCGAAACACAAAUUCUAUGUUUGAUUGUCUACCUUUUAAACUUCUAGGUGAUUGAAUAUAUCAGUAUACAAAGCCAAGAUUUGGAA